GUCAUUUCGCGAGCGAGACUCGAGGAGUGAGCUGCUAGCAGGGGAGAUUCCGUCUUUUGCUCCUUCCCUAGUUCCGUGAAUCUAAAAUGAUAAAUGACCUCUCCCUGUCGAAUUCGAUAGUGCUGUGAAUGCCCGCCAGGAGUGCUACGAAAGAAACCAAAGAGGCGGCCCAGGGCUUGCGGGCGGAAAUUCGAGGCUGAGCCGGCAGAAAAGAGUGGAGGAGGCCUGUUCAAGUCAGUUCGAAGCCAUUGUGUGUGCAUGUGUGUGUGGGUGCGUGCGUGCGUGCAUGCGUGCGUGUGAGUGAGUGGUGACGGCGGUGUUGGCGAUAUGCGAUUGCCAUAUGCGUUCUCAGUCAAUCUCAGCUCUGAUUGGAGCAAGCAAGUCACGUGAUAAGAUGAAAGGUGGAGUUAAAGAAAAGUGAGGCGUUAAGUUUGAGCUAACGAUAAAUUUUACUACAUCUGAAAUACAAAUACGUUUAUAGUGCUUACCACCGAAAAUGUCCAGUUUUCUAAUGAACAGUGGGUCAUACGUGGACCCGAAGUUCUUAACUGGUGAAGAUUAUUCACAAGCUGGUUACGUGCAUCACCAUCACAGCACCAGUGAUUACUACGGGCAUCAAGCCGCAGCAGCUGCAGCUGUAGCCGGAGUGCAAUAUCCCAAUUACCCCGGAGUGAAUAGUCAACAUGCAGCGGCAGCUGCUUACUCCAGAGAGGCUGCGGCCAUGGGUUACGGGGGUUACUACCAACAAUGCGGCAUGUCUCCUCACCAGCAGGCCAUGCACAUGGCCGCUGGCCAUCUCUCUAGUUCCAGCUCACUGGUCUCAAAUUCUGGUUUGGCAUCGGGGGGCUCGGGAGGGGGUGGGGGCAUGACCCGAUCACCAGUCGCAUCUCCGCAACCCCCGGGCUCUACGGGUUCUUCAAAUAACCAUCCACAGCUGCUUGGAUCUUACCAAUCGCCGCAACACAACUCAACCCCCCAACCUCAGUUAACUCCCAUUGGACAUGAUGGGGGCAUGUCAUCAGAUUGCUCAGAUGAUGAUUGUGGGGGGGAGGGGGGAGGAAACGGCCAAAUACCUGUUGUAUAUCCAUGGAUGAAGAAGAUUCAUGUCGCCGGAGCAGGUAAUGGUGCUUUCCAGCCUGGUAUGGAGCCAAAGAGGCAACGGACAGCAUACACUCGCCACCAAAUUCUGGAACUAGAAAAGGAAUUCCAUUUCAAUCGAUAUCUUACUCGUCGAAGAAGGAUUGAAAUCGCACAUGCCCUUUGUCUGUCAGAACGACAAAUCAAAAUUUGGUUCCAAAAUAGAAGAAUGAAGUACAAAAAAGACAACAAAUUGCCGAAUACCAAGAAUGUGAGACGGAAAACAAAUCCAGCUGGGGUGACCACCCACAUCAAUCCCAAAACCUCUGCCUCGUCAUCCUCGUCAUCCUCAACUAGCAAUCAAAACAACCGAACUACUUCAAAUAUUUCAAUAAGUGGCACCAACCCUGCGAGUGGACAGCUUCAAUCUCCGCCUCAUCAACAACAGCAGCAGCAGCACCAUCACCACCACCCACAACAACAACAUUCUUCAUCUAGUGAUAUGGGGGUGGGAGCCUCAGCUUCCAUAGCCUCGUCCUCCAGUCCAAAUCUAUCCCAAUCGAGCUACACCAGUAACCAAGUUCCUUCAUCGCAUAGCGCUCAAAACAACUGUCUACCUCCUGGAAAUAAUCCACCUCUUAAACAAGAACAGCCCUAUGGCCUCACUUCGCUCUAAUGAUGAUGAUAAUGAUGAUGAUGAUUAACAAAGAAGAAGAAAAAGAACAACAAGAAGAAGAAGAAAAAAGACGGAGGAGAGGAAAAAGAAAAAAAUAAGAAGAAAAGCAACGGCAACGUACAUCUCUCUACAAGCAAGCGAGCAAAUGCUCUAGUAGGUUACUUUUCUCAAUUGUCAAAAACACUCAUUUAACUGAUUGUUGCCUCUGUAAGCCCAACCAACAGCUCCAUUUUCAUGCUCCCCCCCUCGUCGGCCCCACCCCAUCCCUCUUGAAUAGCUCUGUCACACUCGCUUUUGAUCGGUUGAACCAGGAAGUCAAACAGAUACGGGAACCACAGCGACCAGGCAGAGGUUAGUUAUGUCGAAUGAAAACAGUGUCUCAUAUUGCUUGAUUGAAGUACGGCUGCCCAAAAUUGUAUCGUCCUAAAAGUGCAUGACUUUUAUUGCCCAAAGUUUUAAAACAUUAUACUUGGUUUACUUCAUCAAGCCAAGUUAUAAUGAGAUGUCAUGAUCACUCCAUUUUGAUCAGUCAAUUAGGCUCUCUUUGUCAAAGUUGCCCCGUUUAUUAUUAAUAGUUAGGCAUUCAUUCAGUCAUUUAUUGGUGGCAAUAAUAUUCCUUCAAAAAUUUAACUAUCAAUUUGUCCGGGGGAAGUAAUUUCAAAGCCAAAACCAAUAGGCAAUAUAAAACUACGUUCAACCAUUCUCCACCAAAAUCAUCUGAAAUUCAUGAUGGGCAUAGUGAUCAGAAACAGCCCAGCGCUGUACCACUUGACAGGACGACAGAUGGGGCAAAAGUGUUCAUUAUCAUUAUCCUCGUUAUUAUCGCUAGCCUGCUCUUCUGGCUUUGGCAUUAAGCAAAACAUUCAAGGCUACCACUUGGUUACGACAAUGCCCUCCUGACGGACCCGUCUCAAAUAGGAAAUUCUUUACAUGGGGGAUUGUUUUGGGCACAGAGUAAAGAUUCAUUUGGCUUAAGGUCGAUCUUAUGAGUGAGUGUGACAAAGAAGAUACGGGAAUCUAAUCAAGAGGGGGAUGAAAAACUGAAACCAAUUACCCAGGGAACAUGGACGUUGGCAAAAGAGCUCCUUGAUUUGGUCAAUUCAUCAAUUCGAACACCCUUUUUCAUUAGCCUUUUUAUCCAUGAAAUUGCUGCCCAAAAAUGUACUUGUUUUUCUUCUUUAUCAUUUUGACUAUUGUUGUUACCAUUAUCAUUAUCCUCACUAUUUCUGAUGCUACCCUCCCUUAUCCACAAACUUGAUUCUCCCCCUCCUUCUCCCGUCAUCAAAAUUUCUUCCACACUUUUUGUUGCUUUACUUCUUCUUUUCAUUAUUGUCAUAUUUAUUUGAUGAUGAUGAUUAUCAUUUUAAUUAUAUGAUUAUUUUAUUAUUUUCCCCAAAGCCUUUGUUAAUCUGAUUGUCAACCACUUCCUACCAAACGGGUAUAACUGAUGUCUGUAUCGAAGAUGCAGUGAGCUCCCCUUAAAACUGAAACCAACAUCAAACGAAAAUGAUGACCACCACUAUGACGACGACGACGACGACUACGACCUUGUAAAAGCGGGCGACGGCGGCUUAAUGACCCAUCUACCCACAAACUCAUACAUAAAAUGCCAAUUACUUUUUCAACACUGGUACUGCACCUUGGUUUUAUUGCUCCUGUUGUAUUUCUUCACAAUUUGGUUCCUUUUCUUUUCCUGCUAUUCUCUAUCCAGCAAACCUCUUCCCUUUUUAUGGUGGGCCGUAAUGCUGACCUGUUUGCAUUCCCACAAUAGUUUCAUAUUGUCAAAGCCGUCGCACCAUUUUCGUUGUGAUUUGAGUCAAAUCACCGUGGGUCCAGCUAAUACCUCGAUUUGAACACUGACUUCAAGAGGAACUAAGCCAUCAUCGUACAGCCGGCAUGGAGCUUUUAUGACCGAAUUACUAUAAAUAAAAUCAAAAUAUUCUUAUCGGGUUUCAUUGCCGCUCUUUGUUUGUUUCUGUCCAAUUCAAUUAUUAAACCAAUGUAAUGUUUUGUGGCCAUAUUCAUGAAUAUAUGCGAAAAGUGAAUAAAAAAAUGGCAUUCAUCA